UUAUUCAUGUAAAGUUAAUCCCCGCCGCGUCACGGCCGCCCGCCCGAGGAUGUGCGCCUUCCUUGGCCAAGCCCCGCAGUCUCCACCCUCCUCCGCCCCCUUCUCCCGGCGGCGGGGUCCCGGGGAGCGCAGGCGACGGGGCGUCGCGCUAGUCUUGCAAAAUGUCAACUCCUUGGUGGAAGAGAGGCGGCCGCAGCCAGGGCCCCGCCGGCCCUCCCCGGCCACUCCACUUUUAUUGGCGUAGGAACCGAGUAUGGCCCGGGUGCCGGAGUCCCCGCCUCCCCGCGCGACCGGCCCGCCCCAUGCCACUUCCCGGGCGCUGUCUUACUCCGGACCAGGGCGCCCGCUCAGCGCCGCAUCUGCGAACCGGUGACCUGAUUUCCCCUCCGGCCUCCCGGAGGUCCGAUUCGCGCGGCGGCGGCGGCGGCUGCCAAGAGCAAGCAAACCCGGCUCCACCAGGGGCGCAGCGAGGAAAUGGCCUCCCGGCUGCACGCCCCGCCGCCGCCCGGAGCUGCCUGGCCGGCCCACCUCGUCCCGCACCCGCCGUUUCUGCCUGCCUCUGGGCCCGCGCUCCAACGCGUCCCACCCCAGGCUUGCCGACCCCUACCCCGCUUUCUUGGUAUACCCCCACCGCCGGGACAGCCGCCUCCACACCUGCCUCCCCAGGCUUCUUCUGUGUCCGGAGGAAAGAGGUGAGAAGCCACCACCCCUACCUACAGCAUUAACACCUACCAACGCCAAGAGUUUGGAAGCUAUUGGCUGCACAGUGUUUCCGCGCGCCCCAAAGAGAGAAAGUAGCGACUCCACGACUUCCUGGUGAGAGGGAGGGGCUUUUCCCCUCAGACUUCACAAACCCCAUUUCCACUUUGUCCUUGGUGAUAAAUCCGUGCUUUAUUCUUCACUCAUAACAAGACUGUACCGUAGGACUCGUAGGUUUCUGAAGCAGGAGAGUUCUCUUUUGCAGUGAAGUUCCCGGGCUUUGCUCCAAAGCUGCCCCGGGAUGUUUUGGUUGAUUUGGAGAAAAGCUGUGGAGUCGGCACCACUUGUUCCAAACAUGCGGCCCCCUGGCGGCUAACUGGGUGAAAAAGCUUGUCAUUGAGGAAAAACUGUCCCGGUAGGCCACAGCAGGCUGUCUACGCAGGGGUCACGGACCCGCGUGAACAACUUUGUAAUAAGGGCACACGGAGCUGGGGGGUUGCAGGGUAUGCAAAUCUUCCAUACAAAGAUGGGUCAUUACGUCCUAAAGCCUGCUGGAACUUUUUACUUUUUCUCUUCCUUAGUAUAACUUGGAGCUAAAUUCUUUACGAAGGAAACAUACAGAGAAUGAAGUAUAAUAAACAUUGUUGCUUCCCUUUGUUCAAAUGGCUUUGUCUUUCUGAUCUCCUUUUGCCUGGAAACCUCUGAAACAAAGAGCAAAUUAAAGCAUUAAAUAAAUAA